AUGGUUUUUGGAGCAGCACUACUUCUCUCAAUUAAUCUGGCCUAUGUCCAGUUACUGAUUCACCCGGAUAAUGGCUGUGACUUCGCUGAGAGAUUAUCGAGCAAGCAGGCGUCUUCUUUUAAAAAUCCACAUUGGCCUGCCACCUACGCUCCUGGAACCACAUGCCGAUGGACGUUCGACUGUCCAAUAUGGUAUGCUUGUCGUCUGCGCUGCCUCGAUGUUGGUCUACCUCAAACGGAUGACUGUUAUAUGGACAAGUUGCUGGUGUCAGGCUCAGGAAACCCGCAGCUCGAAGGCGCGCAGGUCUUCUGCGGCCGAACGGAAAUCAAUUUUAGAUCCGUUGGUUCAAGAUUGACUUUAGCUUUGGUCACAAACCGCUUGAGUCCAGGUGGUAGGUUUAGAUGUACUAUAAGAUCUGAACCUUGGACACAGCCAUGGUUCAUGUCCCCUUGUACACCUAAUCCGAUGCUGGCAAAUCGCAAUGGAAUUUCUCAUGAAGAAGGGGAAGUGUCACAGAAACAAAAAAUUAUUACAUCAGCUAACACUAAUCACAGACGCUUAAGUUCAGAUUUGCCACACACUGGUCUUGUUCAAUCAAGAAAACCGCACACUGAACUUGAACUAGAAAGAAACCCACACAUUAAGAAUGAACCAGAACCUUAUGCGAAGCAUGUUAAGGCAAACUCUUCAUACGUAAAGUUUAUAAAAGCAGAUUCCUUUAACGCCAAGCGUCCAAGAGCUAAGCUGUUAAUAGGAAAUGCAGAAAGUGACGUUAUGUAUGCUGACAGUAUACAAGCCGGAUCCCCGUACCUUGACAAUUUUGAAGAUGGGUCACCGCGGCUUCAGAAUCCAGAACCAAGAUCCCGACAAGUGGGACAUACACUAUCAGAGUCAUCACCAGUUUACCUUGACCAGAGCGUACAGGGACUUACUGAGUAUUCAGAACCAAAAAUCUCACACGUACGGCAUAUAAAAGCAGAGUCACAAUAUGGUAAAAGUUCUAAACUCCGUUUAAAAUCACAAUUACCGUACCUUGACAAUGUAGAAUAUGCAACACCACAUACUACGUACGGGCGAGGGAAAAGCAUAUAUGUAAGAUAUAUACAAUCAGAAACAUCACCCGCUGAACUUGACCUGGACGAACACGGGCAUACUGAGAAUUUAGAAGAAAAAUAUUCACACGCAAGGCAUAAAAAAGUAGGGUCACAACGUGGUAAAACUAAACUCCAUUUAAAAUCACGUUUACAGUACCUUGACAAUGUAGAAGACACUACACCACAUACUGCAUAUGGGCAAAAAAGAUUCCCAUACGUAAGACAUAGACAAGCAGAAUCACCACCCACUGACAGCGUUGACCUUCAUACGAAAAUAGAUACACUUUACCCUGACAAUUUAGACGUAAAUAGCCUACCGUACAUUAAUGACGCAGAAUCAAGUGUCGUUCAUAUAAGGCGUGCAAAAGCAGCUUAUCCACACUAUAAGAGCUUCCAACCUCAUAAAAAGUUAGAUUCAUACGUUGAAAGCGUAGAAGUAGAGUCAUCACAUACUAAGAAUAAACUCGUGAAAAAUCCUUAUUUAAAGCUUGUAAACUCAUCACCACCUGAAAGUUUUCAAACUCUUAGAACAUUUCACCAUGUAUUAGACUUGCCUCCGCAUAUUCAAAAAUCGAAUACCCCGCGGUUGAGGCGUGUCAAAUCAGGAUUACCUUACGCUAAUAAUUUCAACCCUGACCAAAAAGUGAACAUACCAUACCUUGACAAUGUACAAGAUGGGAUUGAAACGGUAGAAGCAGAACCCGUACGCAUAAAGCCACUAAAAGGAUUACCGUAUAAUGAACGCACACCCCAAGAGGAGUCUCGCCGCAAGCAUAAAGUCGUGUCUCACGUCAAACGAACACAACAAGGAAAACACCGAGGGUUUAAACAAAAGUACGUACAUGAGGCAUCGCGUCGUGUCAGACAUGAAAUUAUACGGACACCGUCUAAAGCUAACCAGCUACCAGCAGGGCUGCCACGGAUUACACACCAACGAACAGGCUUACCACAUAGUAGGCGUGUACCCAAUCGUCAGAUGAUAACUGUUGCCAACGCAGAAUGGCCCAGUCCUUACCUGCCUAACUUAAUUUGUAGGUGGGUAUUUGAUUGUCCGUCUGGGUACGCUUGUCGACUCCGGUGUCGUGAUGUUGGGCUGCCUAAGACACAUGGAUGUUUUCUGGACAGGUUAAUGGUAUCAACGUCGGGUAAUUUGGACCUGUCUGACGCCCACGUCUACUGCGGCGGGAAGAAAGUCAACGCCAGGUCUAUUGGCUCUAGGAUGGUCAUGGGUUUAGUCACAAGUGAAACGUCUCCAGGCGGUCGAUUUAGAUGUAAAGUGAGACCUGAACCAUGGGUGUAA